UAAUAUAAAAUUUUUAAAGCCUUAACUAUUUAUAAAAUAUCUCUAUUAGGUAUAAUACAAGGAUUGAAAAGGCACGAUUCGGCUAACUUGACUAGAGAGUCAUUUGUUUUUCUCGCUCACUUCCGGUAAACAGCAGCCGUCGAUACUCACGUGAAAAUGGCAAAGAGAACGAAGAAGGUUGGAAUCUGCGGAAAGUAUGGCACCCGUUAUGGUGCCUCACUCCGUAAAACGGUUAAGAAGAUGGAGAUCACCCAGCACUCCAAAUACACUUGCUCGUUCUGCGGAAAGGACUCGAUGAAAAGGAGCUGUGUUGGCAUCUGGUCUUGCAGGAGGUGCAAAAGGACAGUCGCUGGAGGCGCCUGGGUUUAUAGCACCACUGCUGCUGUUUCUGUCCGCUCCGCAGUGAGGAGAUUGCGUGAAGUUAAGGAACAAUAAAUAUAAAAUUAAUAUUAAAUUUAAAAA